UAAGACGUGAAUUGAUCACACCGAAAGGAGGAGGUGGAGCAACGGUCGAGGGGUUUGAAGUUGCCAAAACAGGAGAUGCCCGAAUCGGGUUUGUCGGCUUUCCCUCCGUAGGUAAGUCCACUCUACUGACAACACUGGCUGGUGUCUAUUCAGAAGUGGCUGCAUAUGAGUUCACCACAUGAUAGGGUUAGGUUGCGGAUGCGUAAUAUGUAUUGUAAUUAUUUUAUAAUAUCACUUUUGUGUUGUUGUGCAGGCUUUCCCUCCGUAGGUAAGUCCACUCUACUGACAACACUGGCUGGUGUCUAUUCAGAAGUGGCUGCAUAUGAGUUCACCACAUGAUAGGGUUAGGUUGCGGAUGCGUAAUAUGUAUUGUAAUUAUUUUAUAAUAUCACUUUUGUGUUGUUGUGCAGGCUUUCCCUCCGUAGGUAAGUCCACUCUACUGACAACACUGGCUGGUGUCUAUUCAGAAGUGGCUGCAUAUGAGUUCACCACCUUGACCACUGUUCCUGGCUGUAUUAAGUAUAAGGGAGCAAAAAUACAGCUGCUGGAUCUGCCUGGUAUCAUUGAAGGGGCCAAAGACGGCAAGGGUCGUGGUAGACAAGUGAUCGCUGUUGCUCGAACUUGCAGUCUCAUCUUCAUCGUCCUGGACGUACUCAAGCCUCUGCAGCACAAGAAGCUGAUAGAACACGAGUUGGAAGGUUUCGGACUCAGGCUGAACUCUCAACCUCCCAAUAUCGGCUUUCGUAAGAAGGACAAGGGUGGAAUCAACCUGCAGACUCUGGUUCCUCAGUCAGAACUGGAUCUGGAUACCGUGAAGACUAUCCUGUCAGAGUACAGGAUCCACAACGCUGAUAUCACAUUGCGCUAUGAUGCCACCAGUGAUGAUCUCAUUGAUGUCAUAGAGGGCAACCGGAUAUACAUACCCUGCAUUUAUUUGCUUAACAAAAUCGAUCAGAUCAGCAUAGAAGAGCUAGAUAUCAUAUACAAGAUCCCUCACACUGUGCCGAUAUCAGCUCAUCACAAGUGGAACUUUGACGAUCUGCUGGAGAAGAUGUGGGAGUAUCUCAAGCUCGUGAGAAUAUAUACCAAACCCAAGGGCCAGCUGCCUGACUAUGCCAGUCCUGUUGUUUUACACUUUGAGAAACGAUCUGUAGAAGAUUUUUGCAAUAAGUUACACAGGACUAUUGCAAAGGAGUUCAAAUAUGCUCUGGUGUGGGGGUCGUCAGUGAAGCACCAGCCCCAGAAGGUGGGGAAGGAUCACAUCCUGAACGAUGAAGACGUGGUGCAGAUUGUCAAGAAGAUCUAGGACUGUCACACGGAUCAUGCAAUACUGUGUAUUGUGUGUUGUCUCCCACAACAUGGAAACCAGAUAAAUCGAUUUGGACCCUGCUUUUACCUGAAAUUCAAUUUGCAAGGAAUGCUUUCAUGGUUGGAACCCGAAAAUUCAUUACUUGACAAAAUUUUAGUGGAGUCAAACUCUUGAACUUAUGAUUUUGUUUUACAAAGGCUAUAAGUUUUAACUGAGCUGUUUCAACUUAGUAAAUCUAGAACAACUUAGUUCAUUUCGAAAUAACUUUUUAUGAAUACAAUGUAUUAUACAGAGACUGUCCUUAAGACUAACCUUAGUAUUUUAGAUUUUUCAGAAUUAAAAAAUUGUCUUAAGCACUGCAAAAUAAUUUCAUUAAAAUCUUCCCAUAAUCAUCUUCUUUUAUCAUGAAAUUUGUAUUGACAUGUUUUCAACGUAGUUCCUGAGUAAUGUUUUAUCGUGAAUAAAGUUACAUUUAUUUUUAGUAUUUUGAUAUUUGUACAUAUAUUUUUUUUUUUUUUUAAUGCUAAAUCGGAAUUGUAUCCCUUUUUAAGUUUUGCAUAACAUUUUAAAUUUUGUGAAUAUAAAGAACAUUUUACUUUUUCAUAACAAAGUUGUUUACAAGUUAGACAUACUUAGAUUAUUGUGUCAUUUACUGCUGCAUAAAAGUAAAAUAAUUUUGUUGAUAAUUUAAUUGCCUAACCAGUAAAAAUUAGUGUGUGAGCUAAACACAGUGGUGGCAAGUUUCAUGAACAUAUCCUCUAUUAUUUCUGGUUUCCAUGAGAUAUAUUUCUAAAGUUAUCUUUAGGAAUGUGAAUACCUUAUGUGGUACGUUUGGUCUUGUUAACUGACUUGUAAAUAAAAACGAGAAUGAUUAUUAA